AUUAGUACACCACUUGUUAAUUGAAAUUUAAGUGCAUCUACUUUGACUUGUGUGUAUCUCUCUCAAUAGGAUAUAAUAUAUACCUACAUCAUCACAUUGUUCCAAAGAUCAAGUCUUAUAAACAAACAACACAUAAUUUCCUAGAAAGAGAGAGAGAAAGAGAUGGGAAGAGCUCCAUGUUGUGACAAGGCAAAUGUGAAGAAAGGGCCAUGGUCACCUGAAGAAGAUGCAAAGCUAAAGGCUUACAUAGAGAAGCAUGGCACUACUGUUAGCAAUUGGAUUGCUCUCCCUCAAAGAGCUGGUCUGAAAAGAUGUGGGAAAAGCUGCAGAUUAAGAUGGCUCAACUACCUCAGACCAAACAUCAAGCAUGGAGAGUUUUCUGAUGAUGAAGAUAGAAUCAUCUGCAGCCUCUACACUCGCAUCGGAAGCAGGUGGUCAAUAAUAGCAGGCCAAUUACCGGGCAGAACAGACAACGACAUCAAGAACUACUGGAACACAAAGCUGAAGAAGAAACUACUAGGAGGAAACAUUAGGCCAACACCAAUCUCUCCUUUCCUUCCAAAUCUCACUUCCCAAAUCUCAUCACCAUAUGAUCAAUUGCAAUACUCCACCAACAACUCUUUUGGGGCUUUCUCCACCACCACCACCACUGCUGGAGACAAGACCCCGUUGCACCGGAGUUACAAUAAUCAGGUCAUCUUCGGAGGCAACGAAGCCAGCUGCAGCUCCUCAGACACCAGCAACCAAUUAGGGUUUCAUCAUCAAAGCUAUUUAAGCGUCGAUGAUGAAACUCAAAACUUCCUCAUCACAGCUAAUGGAUAUGAUCACAGCAAGGGAGAUGUAAAUGGGAACAGUUUCGGCCAAGAAAAUCCACUGGAUUACAGCAUGGAAGAUAUUAAGCAGCUGAUUAGCACUAAUCACAUUUCCACUAAUCUCAACUUCUUUGUGGAUGAGAUUAAGACAGAACAAGCAACAACAUUGUACUACUAAUGUCUUUUCUUUUUAUUUAUCUGGGAGAAAAAAACUUUGUUUUGAUAGUACAUAAUCGAAAUUAAAAUGCUUUUACUCUCUGCAUUUGCCAUUGGAAUCAAGAUUCA